CCGUGGUCCCCUAGGUUUAACAAAAAAAACAAAACCAAAACCAACCACCCAAAAACCAAAACAAACAAAAAAAUCCCCAAAACCAAGAAACCAGAAACCUCUCCUAAAAUUGCCAGGUCCAGUUUGGUAUAGCAACAAGGUGAAUGCAGUGGUUUGGGAAAACAGCAGGGUUCCAAGAAUAACCUUUUCACCAGUCCCAUGGCAAGUAAAUACUUGAACGGUCUGCUCAGUGCAAGAAGAGUGAGACUUGCUUUUAAUGCAGAAGACUGGUGGCGGUUAAUCUUUUAACAGGGCAGAUGGAAAUCAAUUGCUGAGUGAACGAAUUUACAGAAAUUCUUGGAUCCCUGAAUAGAACGUUCUUAGCGAGUAAAAGACAGUAUCACAGUCUGCGGUGUCAUUCUAAAAUAAGCUCUUGUAUUCUUGUGUCCUAGUUGUUUAAUUAGGAAAUGUAAACUUUUAUGCAAAAUUUUUAUCAAUUACUGUAGUGAUGUCUUUUACCUAAACCAGCAGCAAAUGAAUACUGUCUUUUUUUGAUUUUUCACCAAAUGGUGGUGAAGUGUUAACAUUAUGCAUGCUUUAGCACUGGUUUUGCAAGAAAUGUAUAUUAAGUUUAAGUCGCUUAGGAAUUGUACUUUUGAUGUAACUGAUGUGAUUAAACUGUAAAGCAAGUAUAUAAAUUACAUAGCAGCUAUUGUUAGACUAUUCCGCAGUGCUUAUUACAACCAUGUCAUGAAUUUUGGAUGAGCAUUUGUAAGUUUUAAGUGGUAUAUUUAGUUUAUGUAAUAUUUAGCAUUUACGUUAAAAUCUUGAAGAGAAAUUUGUAAAUUGUUAUGUUAAAAUUCUUGUGUCCUGGUUUAACAUGGAUAUUUUCCAUGUAAACAGGUAUGGAAAUAGGGAAUGUUUAGGCUGGACUGGUGGAUUAUUGAUGACUUUCUUGGGAGUCGACGUUACUAAAGCAGUGUGAAUCCCUGUUUGCUUCAGGGCGAGAUGUGUGACAGAGGUGACAUCAAGCUCUUACAACCCUUCAACGAAAAUGAGUGAAGAUCUCGGGAAUGGCAUCGGUCACAGGAAAUCCAUAGUGGCUGGCUGCUAGCAUAGCCACUGGGGCUUAGGCAGAGAUAUAGCCUUGGUACUGAUCAGAGGGGCACACAAACACAAACCUGAAACUUCCUCUUACAUUUUAUAGAAAUAACAUUUAACCACUUGAGUGCUGAAUUCUACAGGAUAACUUGCUCUCUAAACCAUGAUGAGAACAAAUUGAGCAGUGCCAAUGGCCAUGAAGAACGCAGCAAGAAGUAAAAAAAAAAGCAAGAGCCGAAGUCGGAGCCAUGACAGGAAGAGGAGCAGAAGUAAGGAACGCAAACGGAGCCGAGAUCGGGAAAGGAAAAAGAGCAGAAGCCGGGAAAGGAAACGGAGCAGAAGCAAAGAACGCAGACGCAGCCGUUCUAGAAGUAGAGAUCGCAGAUUCAGAGGCCGCUAUAGAAGUCCCUAUUCUGGUCCAAAAUUCAACAGUGCCAUCAGAGGGAAGAUCGGUCUGCCUCACAGCAUCAAAUUAAGCAGACGACGCUCCAGAAGCAAAAGUCCCUUCAGAAAAGACAAGAGCCCUGUUAGAGAACCUAUUGAUAAUCUUACCCCUGAAGAGAGGGAUGCUCGAACAGUAUUCUGCAUGCAGCUGGCUGCAAGAAUUCGACCAAGAGACCUGGAAGAAUUUUUUUCUACAGUAGGAAAGGUUCGUGAUGUGCGAAUGAUUUCGGAUAGAAAUUCCAGGCGUUCAAAGGGAAUUGCUUAUGUAGAAUUUGUUGACGUUAGUUCAGUGCCUCUGGCAAUAGGACUAACUGGACAGAGAGUCUUGGGUGUACCAAUCAUAGUACAAGCAUCACAGGCAGAGAAAAACAGAGCAGCAGCAAUGGCAAAUAAUCUGCAGAAAGGCAGUGCUGGUCCUAUGAGGCUCUAUGUGGGAUCGUUACACUUCAACAUAACUGAAGAUAUGCUUCGGGGGAUUUUUGAGCCAUUUGGCAGGAUUGAAAGCAUUCAGCUGAUGAUGGAUAGUGAAACUGGACGCUCAAAAGGAUAUGGAUUUAUUACGUUCUCAGACUCUGAGUGUGCCAAAAAGGCGUUGGAACAACUCAAUGGAUUUGAGCUGGCUGGUAGGCCAAUGAAGGUGGGACAUGUAACUGAGCGCACUGAUGCUUCCAGUGCUAGCUCGUUUUUGGACAGUGAUGAGUUGGAACGGACUGGAAUUGACUUGGGAACAACUGGUCGCCUUCAGUUGAUGGCAAGACUUGCAGAAGGUACUGGUUUGCAGAUUCCCCCAGCUGCACAGCAGGCUCUUCAGAUGAGUGGAUCUUUGGCAUUUGGAGCUGUGGCAGAUUUGCAAACGAGACUAUCUCAGCAGAAUGAAGUUCUGGCUGCAGCUGCUUCUGUACAACCACUUGCAACACAGUGCUUCCAGCUUUCCAACAUGUUUAAUCCUCAGACUGAAGAAGAAGCUGGCUGGGAUACUGAAAUUAAAGAUGAUGUGAUUGAAGAAUGUAACAAACACGGAGGAGUUAUCCACAUCUACGUAGACAAAAACUCAGCUCAGGGCAACGUGUACGUCAAAUGUCCUUCAAUUGCUGCUGCCAUUGCAGCUGUAAAUGCGUUGCACGGGCGGUGGUUUGCAGGUAAAAUGAUUACAGCAGCGUAUGUACCUCUUCCAACAUACCAUAGCCUUUUCCCAGAUUCUAUGACUGCAACCCAGCUACUGGUUCCUGUUCGACGAUGAAGAUGGAUUUAGUCAGUUUUGUACAUAGUUAUUUUUUGGAGGAAGAUUGAGUUAUCUUUUAUUUAGAUAAAACUAAAGGAAAGGACUUAAUGUCAUUUUGUGUACACUUCCUGCUACCUUUAAAAAUAAAAUGAAGUAAGCAGAAAUGCAGUGUGUUCAUUCUCCCUAACUAGCAUUUCCACUGUAUACAAAGCUGUUGACUUCUUGUUCUGCCUUGUAAUUCUUGUACAUUUACUGAGGUGAUCUGUAGGAACUGAGAAGUAGCUCAUAGAAAACAAGUUCUCUGUAAAAGGCAGAUGGGACAUAAAGACAUUUUUAAUGUUUCACGAGCCUUUCUUUUAAUGCAGCGAUUGCAUCUUACAUUUCACUAAAUGUAGGUGAUGUGCGAAAGGUUGAGAUCAGAGAUAGACUUUAUGAAGGGACAUAUUUAGUGUUUUGUAUAAAUGGAAAACUCAACAGGCUACUGAAAGAUGACUAGACGGCCACUCAGCUUGCUUUGUGCUGAAUAAUUGGUAAGAAUAGAAAGAUUGAAGGGUUUUAUUUCUUGAUGGUAACUUUUGAUUAAUGUAUCUGUAAAAGUUUCUUUGUAAAUACUGUGUGAGGUGUGUCUAAGUUUCCAAACAAAACGAUCUCUGCAUUUCCGGAUAGGUUUCUAUGUACGCAGUGUGGCACAGUUGAAGGAUUUCAGCCGAGUCUGAAAAUCGGGAGGAAAUACAGAAACGUGUUUUGUUCUGGUUGCAUAUAAUCUUUGCUCUUUUUAAGCUCUGUGAGCUCUGAAAUAUAUUUUUGGGUUACUUCAGUGUGUUUGACAAGACAGCUUGAUAUUUCUAUCAAAGACUUUCAUAUUGCAACAAUCUUUGUAAGAACCACUCAAAUAAAAUUCUCUUAAAAAGGC